AUGAUUGCACCUUCUUCUUACUCCACACCAAUAAGCAACACUAAAGAACACAACCUUAUCGUAAUUAUCGCAGAUGUGCUGAUCGUCACCGCUUUCCCAGACUCCUCGCACCUUCUCGUGCACACUUUCAUAACAGGGAUCCUAGGAGCCCUCCGGCCUCAGCACUGGGAGGCAAUCUGCCUCAACGGCAUCGUGAGCUGGUUCAUCGGUCGGAUUGCCCUGCGUUGGUCCGUCGAGAUAGCCAUUUGGAUCGUCGCGACCAUUGCCUCCGGAGCGGUCUUCGGCCCUCUGGGCUCGCCGCCGUUCUGCAACUCCUGUGUUCUCGCCACAGUCUACGCCCUGCAGAUCCCAGGCUGGAGAUUAGUCGCCGCCACGAUGCUGGGGUCCUGUUCCGGGAGGGUGGUAUGUGUGAUCCACGAGUAUUACACCAAUCGCGAGCUCGUCACCAGGGUUUGGGAAACGGUCAGGCAGGACUGGCAAGACACGUCGGAGGCUAUUUGCACUUUCCUCCUUCCUCCGAAGCCGCCCAAUACUGGAGGCAACUUGCACCGACUCGCCAAUUGGACCAGAAUACUGACUAACCACCUGAUAGCUCAUGACAGCAAGAGGGAAAAGCCGGAAGACUGCCAAGGGCGUAGCUCUGAGGACAAGAGAUGCGGUGGAAACUACCCUUUCGGCGACGAUAGACCAUCUGGCACCACCUCGCCACUCGACAAGACCUUCCCGCUCAGUGAGAACGGCGAAGAGAGCAAUAAUAGUGCAAAAAGCGAGGACGGCGUACACAGCCACGAUGUUGAAGAAAGAGGAAGGACGCGUACAAGAGGAGAUCCGUACCCACAGAUUAUCUUUUCUUUUGACUGA